UAGAUGAAAUACCAAAACGAAAGUAGAAAAUAACCCAUGUAUUAUGUAGCCAGAUUUCAAAGGUUUGUGUCUGUAGACCUGUAGUAACAAGAGCAGAAAAUGGCACAGCGACUGGUAGAACCUAUGGAGGUGGAUGAUGAUAGAGCAGCAGGAUUAUCUGUACAUAGAUGGACUUUUUACAAUGAAGAUGUAAAGAAACUGUCGUUGUUUAAAGAUGAAAUCCAGACUAAGGAAAAGUGUGGUAAAAUAAAAAUCCUAAAUCAGGACAGUCCAUUUCAUAAAGUUACAAGUAUGCUGUGUGAUGCCAGUGAUACUUACACUCGUGAAUGGAUGACCCAGUUGAUACAAGAAAUAGAAGAUGUACAUGUUGAUUAUAUUUUUGUGCAAAAAGAGCAUUUGGAUGCUGCUAAAAAAUUUGUUCAGGAGUAUGGGUCAUAUGUACUUUACAAGCUAUUUCUAAGUUCAGACUUCAGAUCCAUUCAAAUAUAUGUUAAAACAAAAAGUAAUGUUUCAUAUGCAAAACAGAGGUGGGAGUCCAUUGUUCAACAGCAGAAUAGGGGGCAAUCUUCACCUGUUCCCCAUAGACAAUCUGAUGUUACAAACACAACCAGUUUUCCUCAAUCAGUACAAACGAGUGGGAAUAGAUUGCAUUCAGUCAUGUGUACAACAAAAGAGAGGUUGAAUGUCUAUGUGUACCGUGAUUCCAUUCUGAAUGCUGAUGUAGAUGUCAUAGUAAAUGCUGCAAAUGAAGAUUUACGUCAUUAUGGUGGAGUGGCAGCAAUCAUAGCAGACGCAGCAGGGCAGAGGUUAAUUGAUGAAAGCAAUGUACGUAUAACUAGAAGAGGACAGCUCAAGGUCACAGAUGUAGCAACGACAUCGCCAGGGAGUCUAUCCCACAAAUUUGUAUUACAUGCAAUUGGGCCAAAAUGGGAAAUGUACCGGAACAAAAUGGAUUGUCUCUCUGAUCUGAAGCAAACUAUUGUAAAUGUUCUUCAUAAAGCAGAGCGACGCAGAGUCAGAUCCAUUGCUUUUCCAGCCAUUAGUGCAGGUUUAUUUGGAGUUCCGAAAGAGCUGUGUGCAGAUACAUAUGCUGUUGCCAUACAUGAAUUUAGCAAAGAUAAUGGAUCGUUAAGUUCUGUGCGGGACAUACACUUUGUUGAUAUUGACAGCGAAAUGGUGCUCAAGAUGAAGUACGCUUUUGAAGAUCUUGUAAGAAAACAUUUGAUCAGUCUGGAUGCAAUCAAAACAAAGUAUCCAAAUAUCCGGUGGGUUGACUGGUCCAGUUCUACAAAGACUCCCAGCAAGUUGCGCAGUUCAUCAAGUCAAAGCUCUGACAGCCAUUACAGAGGUCAAUCCAGUCAAUCGAAGGGAGCAGAGACACCAUCUCAAGGUGGGAGACCUAAGGGGAAGCUGACCAGACUUGCAGACACGCCUAUGGCCAACAUUCCCAUGAAAGCAUUUCAGUUUAGUAAUGGAUUAGUUGUCAAAGUUUACACAGGAAGCAUAGUCAAGUUUCAUGGAGAUGCUAUUGUUAUCAGUGCAGACACAGCUUUGACAGGUUUAGGGUUUUUGAGUGAGGCAGUGAGAAAGGCUGGAGGUCCUGAAUAUGAAAAGGAAUUUGACAAAAUAAGAAAGAAAAAUACUUUUGCGAAAGUAGGUGAUGUUUUUUGCUGCAAAGGAGGGAAACUUGAAGCUAGAUUUGUGAUGCAUUUGAUCCUUAAUCAGUUAUCAUCUACACAAGGAAACAAAUUAGCAGAAUACAAAAGUCAUCUGAAGGAUGUUUUAGAGGAGAUACAGGGCCUCUCUUGGAAAAAAAUCGCAUUACCUUUGAUUGGAGCAGGUUUUAUUGAAAAGGAUAGGACAUAUCUUCAGAAAUGUUGCAUGGCAUGGUAUUCAGUUUUGUCCGAGUUUGCUUUUAACAGAGAGCACACCUGCAGAAUCACUGAGAUACAUCUUAUCAACAAGGAUUCAAAAGUGACCUCUUCAUUAAUUGAUGCCUUGCAAGCAAACAGUGUGGAUGUUUCCAGUGCCAUCCACCCAAGCAAUGGGCAAAAAAGUUUAAAGAACCCAAAAGAGCAUUCAAUGGGUAUGCAAUCCUCUGCUUCCAGUGGGACAACAGGGAGCAGGGAUCAUCUCAAAAGUCAAAACAAAACACAAGAAGGAAGAGGUCAAGACCAGGACAAAGUAUAUUCAAGAAAACAUGGACACAGCCAUGAAUCAUCUUUCAGAUCAAAAUCAAUGAAUGACUAUGGAGGAACAGUACAACAAAACAGAGGAGGGGUACGGCCAUCUGCAGAUUACAGCCAGUAUGGAGCAAGACCAAAAGAUCUGUACAUGCGCUCACUUAGUGAACCUCAGUCAAGGAGUGCCGAAAAAGAAUUUGAUGAAGAAGCAUUUUUUCAAUCAAAACAAUCAGUUGUUGAAAAGAAUGGCACAUCAAAAUCAUCUGGAAAUUUGCAAAUAAUUGAUAGUGGUUCUGAAGAUUCUGCAGAAGAUGAUGUGUAUGAAACUGUAUCGUCUUUCAGGGACAAGCCUUUGAAAAGCACAACUGAAGAAAAUUCUACCCCAUGUGUGAUCUGUUUGUGUGACAUCACCAAUGGUAUGAAAUUGGAUUGUGGUCAUGAGUUUUGUAAGGAGUGCUUGCAGCAGUCAUUUAAGCAGCACAAGCAGGCGUGUCCAGUGUGUGGGACUAUAUAUGGCAUUGUUAAGGGUAACCAGCCACAAAAUGGAAACAUGAGGGUCAAAGUUGACAAAUACUAUUCUUUACCAGGAUAUGAGGGAUGCGGAACCAUCACUAUUAAGUACUACUUUCCAGACGGAAUUCAAGGGCCUGAACAUCCAAACCCAGGAAGGCCGUAUGAGGGGACAGAGAGACGAGGCUUUCUCCCGGACAAUGAAGAGGGACGAAAAGUCCUAAAACUCCUGAAGAAAGCUUUCGAGCGACGUUUGACCUUCACCAUCGGUUAUUCCCGCACCACGGGAAAAGACAACGUCGUCACAUGGAAUGACAUUCACCACAAAACCAAGAGGGACACGGGAGCUCAGAGAUUUGGAUAUCCUGACCCUACCUACCUACAAAGAGUGCAAGAGGAGCUGGCAGCCAAAGGUGUGACUGACUAAUGGCAGCCAAUGAUGUGACUGACUAAUGGCAGCCAAAGGUGUGACUGACUAAUGGCAGCCAAAGGUGUGACUGACUAAGAGCAGGGAGCGGUACUCAGAUGAACUGAAAAUCAACAGAUUUCUUGACAAAACAUGUUAGGGCUGUUCCAGAAAUGAUCAAAUGGGGGGGUCAGGCGGCAAAUGAUAUUUUUUUGUGUGGGUGGUCGUAUUUUUUCAUAUUUUAAUUGGUCCGUGGUGGGAUUGUUAAUAAAAUAUUUAUUAUGGGUAGUGGGUAGUUUCUAUUGUUUUAUUUUGUGCUAUGUGGGUGUUGAGUUUUCAGAAUAUUUUUAUUGUCGCUCUUGUCGUGUUGGUUACAAAACGUCGGAGGGAAAAUUGAAAACGUGCUUUCGAAAUCGAAAGUAACAUAGAACUAUUCGAGUUGUCGCUCUUUGCAGCGCAUAACUUUCCAUUACGUCACUCUUCAAAUUAGAGGCGCGUUUAAUAGGGUCCCUUUGGACGUGAUGGCGGCGAACUCUGUUCUGUAGAUUAUUACAGUUUACAGUGCAUCGAUUUUGGGAAUAUUUUGAAACCAAUAGGUAUUCCGUUUUCUAAUAAAAAUAGGCGGCAUAAUACCGUUAUCUGCACCGCGAUAAGAUGUAAGAUUUAUUUUUCCUUUAGGAAGAGUUAUUUGCUCUUUAAUUUUGGUUUAUUCCGUUAAAUUACUAUAGGAAUAUGCAAAUUUUCAAAGAUAUUACAUAUGGCACAAUUAAAAGAAGUAUAAAUUAAAACAACCCCCUGGGUGGUGGUGGGGGAUGGUGGUGGAUGAACUUAAAUUACGGAAUAAACUGUAUAUUAAAGAUAUGCGGUGCAGAUAACGGUAUUAUGCCAAAUAGGCAAACCUUAGUUGAUUUAUACGAGGGUACCGAUGCGUUAUAUUUAUCAGUCGGUGUGAUGGUGAUAUAGAGGCCUCUGGGCGCGGGCUCCAUUAGAAGACGAACGAUUCGUGGAAAAACGUAUCCAUACCCAUUUCAUGAUAAUAGCAUCGUUUGGACUCCCAAUCUUUCCAACAUUCCCGCCAUAGAUGCCUUUGAUUGUUGAUGCGACAUCGUUUCUUCAGAACUACUGUGAUACAAUGUCGCACAGGCAUUACCGCGUCAUUGACUAGAAUGUUUGUCCCGAAAACCUCGCGAGAUUUGUACCGUUUUCAUUUUUAAAAAUAUUUUUUGUGGUGGGUCUGGUUAGUUUUUUUUUUUUAUUAGAUGGGUCAUUGUAAAAUGAGUUUAUUAAUUUGAUGGGUCAUGGGGUAAUUUUUUAUUUUUUUUUAUGGGUGCUUGGUAUAUACAAAAGGUGCCUCCCGACCCCCCCAUGUAUUUAUUUCUGGAGUAGCCUUUAUCAUGUGUGCAUUUAGAAUAGCUUUGAAAGAAACGUAUCAAUAUUCAACCGAUAAAAGGUGCUAUUUAUUUUUUUUUAUAAUUCAUCAAUGUCGAAAAUCACAUGAGCUUUGUGAAUCAUCGUAGCUGUCUCCGAUGAGGUGUGUAACUGUCUAUUGUAUAAUUACAAUUAGAACAUUCUGAGAUCACUACAAACCAGGUGCAUGAAUCCCCUUGUAUACCACCAUUUUAUGUAUCACUGUAUCAAAUCACCUUUACCACCUGUACAUGUAUAAAUGUACUUUAUGCCACUAAUGUAACUCCAGGAUACCGAACUUGGAUAAACCGUUAUAUGUGAUGUCAGAAAGUUAGGGUCACUAGAUCAUAUGUAUUACGGUUACUAGAAAUAGAACAACUUGGUUGUUAAGACUCAAACAGUUUGGCUACUUUACAAAACAUAGAAACGUGAUUGUACAUCUGGGUAACAAGAUUCCUUGCUGAUUUUACUGUCAGUCUUCUUCAAGGUCAGUCAUAGUUACCACAGUAUUAAAAAUAGAAUGCACAAAUUGAUUCAAUUUAAUAAAUGAUAGUAAAAACCAUACAUGAUAUUAAAAUUAAACUUAGAAUGGUUCUGUGACUCAGGAGAGGAAUAUCGCAACUGUUUUGGGGUCAGCAAAGGUCAAAAUCAUACAAAACUGUUAAGCACAAACUGCACGAGAGUUGUAGAUACAAUGUCUUAUUGUAUGCCCACCAAUAUAUCAUUUUUUGAUACUGUUGAUUUUACAGAGUGUGAUCCGAUUUUCUGGAUCACCACACUGUGGUUUUCUGAUUCCGUAUCAGUAUUCUCUGAAACUGAUGAUGUCACAAUGCAUCAAUGCAACUUUUUUGUGAAAAAUAUUGACCGCGUCACAAACAAAACUGUACAUGUACACAAAACAUAAUUUCAUGAUAUGUCUGUGUUUUUGGUAAUUUGGAUUACAUUUAUUAUCUUAUAAAUGUGGAUUUAAAAUGCAUAAGGGGGUAUAUGAUAAAUUUAUCAUUACUACAGUAACUUGAUCCAAAGAGUUGGGUCACGUCUCGUUGACAGGUGGGGAUCAUCAGAUCAAACUGGACGCUUUGCGUCUCUUGUGAUCUGAUGAUCCGCGUCUGUCAAAUCGACGCGAUCUAACUCUUCAGAUCAAGUUACUGUAGUAAUGAUAUAUAUUUAUCAACAUUCACGUAUGUUUUACUGUAUCAGAAUUAUGGAAUCCAUCUUAUUACACCCCCACAAACGAAGUUUAGAGGGGUAUACUGGCAUCACCUUGUCCAAAUGUCUGUCUGUCCGAUUUGUCCAGAGUAUAUCUUUAAACUACAAAGAGAUUGAAUUAAAAUGCUGUGUUUAUAUAAUAUGAAUAUUAAAGUUGUGCACCUGCUAUUUUGAUUGACAUUUUUUAGCAUUUAAUAACACUAUGGAUAUAUUUUUUUUCCAUUUUGAAGGGAGAGAGGGUGUUAGGCCAAAAAAAUUUGAUUGUGUGUUUCCCAUUGCACACUUCUCAGAAAUAGGGUAAGAAGGUUAGGAUUUUUUUAGGGUAAGAAGGUUAGGAUUUUUUUUAGGGUAAGAAGGUUAGGAUUUUUUUAGAACAAGAAGGUUUAGGAUUUUUUAGGGUAAGAAGGUUAGGAUUUUUUUUUAAUUCUUAUUUUGUGGACAAAGUGUUGAAGAGGUCUGUUUCUCCAGUGGAUAUUUGAUGAUAAAUGAAAAACAUACAUGAUACAGUCAAACACGCUUAUAAAGAAAAUACAUAUAACAAAUUCAUGCUUAUUGUAAAGUGGUAUUUAUUUCCCCACAAGAGAAAAAUAACAAUUUCAUUAGAUAUGAUGGAGUUUGGUUAUAGUGAAUUGUUUUUGGCUGGUCCUAGAGGUUUGCUAUAAUCGUGUUUUUAAAUGUCCUAUGAAACUUAAAUAUUGUAUGUUACUCAGAAUUCUGAUACCAUCUGUACUUUUUGACAUCAUAAAUUCCAAGCGUAGAACAACACUUUUAGGCUAACCAAGAGCAGAUGAUAUAAUUACGAUGAUUGGAUCCCAAUACCGGGAUAUACGAAAAAUUAGAGUCGAGGAUCGAAAAAUAGGGUAGGUCAGGAAACCAAAGCCACAAAUAGUUUUUUUUUUUUGGUUAUGAUGUCAUUGUUCAGAGUAUAUCUUUAAAACCAUUUACUCUUCAAUGAGCAACAAGUUCACCAUUUCCCACCAUCUAAUGUGCUCUGCGGGGGUAUUAGUUCAGUUGUAGUUGAUUCAGUUUUAUGUUUGGAGCUUGACUAGAUCAGUUCAGAGCUCGACUAGAUCAGUUCGGAGCUCGACUAGAUCAGUUUGGAGCUCGACUAGAUCAGUUCAGAGCUCGACUAGAUCUGUUUGUAGCUCGACUAGAUCUGUUUGUAGCUCGACUAGAUCAGUUAGGAGCUCGACUAGAUCAGUUCAGAGCUCGACUAGGUCAGUUUGGAGCUCGACUAGAUCAGUCCAGAGCACGACUAGAUCUGUUCGUAGCUCGACUAGAUCAGUUCGGAGCUCGACUAGAUCUGUUCGGAGCUCGACUAGAUCAGUUCGGAGCUCGACUAGAUCAGUUCAGAGCUCGACUAGGUCAGUUUGGAGCUCGACUAGAUCAGUCCAGAGCACGACUAGAUCUGUUCGUAGCUCGACUAGAUCAGUUCGGAGCUCGACUAGAUCUGUUCGUAGCUCGACUACAUCAGUUUGGAGCUCGACUAGAUCUGUUCAGAGCUCGACUAGAUCAGUUUGGAGCUCGACUAGAUCAGUUCAGAGCUCGACUAGAUCUGUUUGUAGCUCGACUAGAUCAGUUAGGAGCUCGACUAGAUCAGUUCAGAGCUCGACUAGGUCAGUUUGGAGCUCGACUAGAUCAGUCCAGAGCAUGACUAGAUCUGUUCGUAGCUCGACUAGAUCAGUUCGGAGCUCGACUAGAUCUGUUCGGAGCUCGACUAGAUCAGUUCGGAGCUCGACUAGAUCAGUUCAGAGCUCGACUAGGUCAGUUUGGAGCUCGACUAGAUCAGUCCAGAGCACGACUAGAUCUGUUCGUAGCUCAACUAGAUCAGUUCGGAGCUCGACUAGAUCUGUUUGUAGCUCGACUACAUCAGUUUGGAGCUCGACUAGAUCUGUUCGGAGCCCGACUACAUCAGUUUGGAGCUCGACUAGAUCAGUUCAGAGCUCGACUAGGUCAGUAACUCAGAUUUAUUUAUUGAUAUAUGUUAAGGAUUUUUUAAGUGUUCUAGUAUUUAUUUUUGUACGGACUGAUAACUGAAUGUUGCUAGAAUUUCGUAUUUUUGUAGAAUGUUUUUUUGUGUGUGUGUGCUGAAUACAAUGUAUAUGCUAUGUAUAUUUAUCAUAUCCAUUGUACUUUGGGAAGGGCAGUGAUUGCAUAAUUGAAAUAAUCAAACUAUAAUUCAAGAUGAUAAGAUUCACUUGUAACAAAUUCUUCUUUUUCAAUCUGUAGAUACUUGUAUAGUCAUCUCUAAAAAUUACAUAGCGGAUUUAAUGAUAGAAAUCUAACACACACACACACUACAUACUUGUAUGCAGUCUGCAUUUUCUUGGAUUUGGAUUUUUUCUCAUCUAAUCUCGAUACUGUAUACAGGGAAAUAUUCGCCCCCUUUUUAUUUCCGCCCCUUUCGGCUUCGUUGUCAGUGGGCAAAUUUAAGACUGGGCAAAACUGUUUUUUCUUUUAUCUCUCUUUUGACACAACUGUGUUUGGGUGAAUUUAAAAUGGGGCGAAACCGUCUGCAAGUGUAGAAAGGCAAAAAUAACAUGGGGCAAAAAUAACCCUGUAUGCAGUCGAAUUUUUUCUGUUGCAUUGUAUUUGAAAAUACGAUUAUUUGCAAUUUUUAGUACAAUGUAUACUAGUACAUGUAAUUAGAAAUUAUUUACUGUAUUGUUUCCAAAAGUACUGUUCAUAUUGGAGAAUAUUUAUUUAUUCAUGAAAUUGCAGAAAUUACACAAUCACAUGUGUUCUUAUGGCCUAGCAUGCUUAUAAGCAUGCAAGCGUUUCCAUCCAUGAUAGCUAACACUGUGAUUGACAGUUGUGUAUCUGCACAUUACAGAUUUUAGUCAGGUUUAGAUGCAUAUAGUGUGUUUAGCAACAUUAAAAAUUUGAGAGCCUUAUAAA